UGUCUUCCUCUCUUUUCCUAACCCGAAUCAAUUGUGUAUUGUGCGCAUGUCGCUGAUCUAGAUCUGAAUCUCGUCUCUGUUGCCGUUCGCAUCAUCACUCUAUAGCAUGGGCGAUCACUGCAUGUGCAAUCACAGUUUUGUUUCACUUCACCAGAAGACAGGCACGCCUCACGAAACCCCACUAAGGUGCUCCCGGCGCCUUCAUGACGUUGCGAAGGAGCGUGUCUUGCUAGGUCUUGGCAGUAUUGUCACGACUGCCAAUCUCGCUGCAUUGCCCACGCCUUCACUACACCUCACUUCUUUGCCUUUGAACAGCUCGGCUAAUUCACCGUCAUGAACCCUGGAUCAGCAAAAACACCGCCUGAACAGGGUGUGGCGCCCCUAAACUUCAUCUACGCCUGCUCGAUAUGCUGUGCCUCGUUCGCCGAUGCCUACGAGGGCCACCACGAGACCGUCCAGGGCCUUUCGGAUGGCGUGAAUCCUACCGAGCGCCUUGUUACCAGGCUCUUCCUCAGCGAUUGCUGCCAUGUAUUCUGCAGCAAGCAUCUAGAGGGUGGCGGUCCGCCUUUCCACCCUGCCGGACAACGACCGAGGGCGCCCUGUCCAGUGUGCAUCAAAGAGAAGGGAGAGAGCGAGUUGCGGGAUCUCUAUUCAGUUCGCGGUUUCAAGAAGAAUGAGUACGACCCUCAAAUUCCGCCAUCUUGGUUCACCGCGCCGCCCAUCAGGCUAGAUGGCAAUGGAAAGGAGAUGGAGGCUCUGCGAUUCCAGUAUAUCGCGCUCAUCCGAUACUGCCAAAACACAUACGCGACCCGCAAAACAACCCAGAAUGCCCUGGCAGAGGCCGAGAAGAAGUUAGUCAGCAUACAAGAGCUCGCCUCGGAGGAACGUACCAAAGCCAUCACCCUGCAACAAGACAAUGAGCAGCUGCGUGCCAGCCAGGAUCAGUUCGAUGCCUUGAAAGCAGAGCUACAGCGACUACAGGGCCUCGAGCAGGAGGUUGAACAGUAUCGUCAGAUGCAAGUCAAUCCACGCGACCUAGAAACUUUCACGACUCACAAAACCGCCAUUCGGCACUAUUUGAAGCUGGUACCGAUGCUGUUAGAACAGAACAACAAGAUGAAGAAGCGACUCGCAUCGCUGGGUUUCGCGAUGGCGCUGGAGCCAGUGCCUAACUUCAAGGGUCUAGACCCAAAUACCUUUGACAGCGAUGAAGCAUUCCCUGGCGACUAUUCAGGCAAGUCCGACGCAUUCCCGCGAAAGACCGCGUCGAGCCAUACUGCUGGCAGGUCCGCACACACCCCAGGCCAUGCAACGACAUCACCUUCUAGCCCCUUCACACGGCGACCCAUCAAGCGACAGCGGCUUGAUUCUCCUCUGCCGGGCAAUAUACAACUGGGCAUAUCUACCAACCAAGAUGCCAUGUCCCCACCACCUAAACCAAUGUCAAGGUUGCAUUCUGUGCGGAAGAUGUUUCCAGCUCUACGGAACAAGUUUUCCCAUGGUCGCUCCACGCCCGAUUAUGGAUUGGAAAGAAAGAGUGAUGUCUCGAUGUAUGACGACGGGCCUUGGCAGGAUGCUUCCGACGAUCAGCGAUCGACACAACAUGGCUUCCGAGGCGAGACACCGUAUAUGUCGGGUGCACUCCCUGUUGAGCGACCUACGGAAGCCAUAAAUCCACAAGAGUCCCAGUUGCUUUCGAGUAUGGGUAUCAAUGACAACAAGCCUGACUUUACGUUUCGAGCUUCGUCGCCAAUCAAGAUGAGCAAAUCGUCCGAAGGGCAUCAGUCUGUACAGCUACCCACGGAACCGUCCUACAUUCGACUUAUGGAUGGUCUGUCCCGCGACACGGGAAUCGAACUAGGGCUGAAAGAUCCUCGCGAGAGCCCAAGAAGGAGCUACCAUGACGAUGGUAGAGACAGGCAAGUUAUACAUAAUCAUCGCGUUCGGCAGCUACCACAAGAAGAGCCGCAGAAGCGUUGGAGUUUUGGACAUCCAUUCCUCCAUCAAUCGCCUCACGGGUCUUCUCCCGCAUCCAAUGGUCAUCUGGAUACUUCUUGCUCUACCCAAAUCAACGGGUUUGCCGACAGAGCGUACAACGAGCCAUCACUUGGGCCAGUCACGCCUGCGCCCAGACGAUAUCAACAAUCAGGUCCCCAGAUCGAGAGUGUAUUCAAAUCAUUUCGGCGCCUCUCAGUCACGCAGAUCCAGGAUGAACGAGCCUAA